AUGACCAUUGUAUUUGCUUUGAUGUGGAGGAUCUGGAUCGCGAGAAAUCUGCUUAUUUUCGAAAGAAAGAGCCAAUCAGCAGAGGAGAUUGUGACUCAAGCAGUGAACUAUGCGAGAGAUUGGCAAACGGCGCAACAAAGGAAGAGCAAGCAAGGAACGAAGACACCCAAUCAAUUCCGCUCCAUCAGACAGAUCCCAAGAGGGAACUGGACGACAUGCAAAUCGGAUGCAGCAUGGAAAGAGGAGAAUAAGGUAGCGGGACUGGGAUGGGUCAUCUACAAUGGAAUCAACACCAGCAGAGAGAAGAUCUUGCUCCAGGGAGCGAGCACACAACAAUUUGUCAAAUCGCCGUUAUCAGUUGAGGGAUUGGCUCUACUCACGGCGCUCCACAAGGCAAAGGAGCUUGGAAUCAACAACCUCAUCGUCAUCUCAGAUUCGCAGCAGCUAAUCAAGACUAUCAAUAAGGAGAUCUCCACAAAAGAACUCCACGGGAUUCUUCACGAUAUCCUGGAUUUGGCUUUAGUUUUUGAGAAACUUCGUUCUCUCUUAAUGGCUGCUCCUUCAUCUUCGUCUUCCUCACAUUCUCGCAAUUGGUUAUAUGAUGUCUUCCCGAGCUUCCGCGGAGAAGACGUCCGCGUAGCUUUCCUGAGCCACUUUCUCAAGGAGCUUGAUCGGAAACUGAUCUCUGCUUUCAAAGACAGUGAGAUCGAGAGAAGCCGAUCGCUUGAUCCCGAGCUCAAAAAUGCAAUUAGGGAUUCGAGAAUCGCUGUGGUCAUAUUCUCCACCAAACUACGCCUCUUCGAGCUGGUGCCUUAA